AUGGCGAUCACUAUACCGAAUAGCCUUGUCUUAACCAAGGACAGCGUGACGGUGUCAGUAGAUGCAGUUGUUUACUAUCGGGUAUCCAACGCGACGGUGUCCAUCGCAAACGUCGAAAAUGCCCACCACUCGACCAGGCUACUCGCGCAGACCACACUGAGGAACAUCAUGGGUCAGCGUCCACUCCACGAAAUACUCAGCGAGAGGGAGAGCAUCUCUCAGCACAUGAAAGCGCUACUUGACGAAGCCACCGACUCUUGGGGUAUCAACGUGGAGAGAGUUGAAAUGUAA